CUGUGUUUUAUUUUUCUUAACUUAUGUUAUUUUCGCAAAAGUUUGUCACCCGAAUUCAUCCACAAUAAAAAUUAUUAAAAACCAACUUAAUGGCUGAACGGGAACGAAUAAUUCCCAUCCAAAUAGAAGGCGGCAGAGACCGUAAAAGGGCCAGCAGUGAGGAACAAGAAAAACUCUCAGAAUCACUCAAAGGACUCACCGUAAAAAGCAAAAAAUUGUCCUACUCUACCGUGGCGGGUAGUUCAGGCGCCCGCAGUAAGCCUGCUACCCCAAAAGUCCAAGUUAAGCCGGCGCCGUUGAACGUCGAAGACGAAUAUCUCAAGUCGUAUGAUGUACUUGAAAAACGUUCUGCUCCGGAAGUGACUCUACCCAACUUUAAUGUGAUUGAACGUAUAGUCUUGGUCAUUGAUAGGGCGCAGGACGAGAACUAUACCCCAUUUACCAUAGGCAACCAAGAAUAUCCCCCUUUAAGCAUGGUUAAAAGGGCUGUAACAAUUUUAGUUAAACUCAAGCUCUCCAUUAAUCCUUUACAUCAAUUUGCCAUAAUACUGAUGAACGAGAACACUUCCACUUUAGUCUUGGAGUUUACCAGUGAAGCAAAAAAAAUCUUGGACUGUAUAAACCAAAUAACUCCAUGUGAAACCGAAGACAUUUUUAAUUUGAACAGUGUAUUUGAUAUCAUAGAGGAGGUGCCCCUGCCAGAACCAUAUGGAGAUGGUUUACCCCCACCAUGUGUGAUAAGAACCAUUUUAUUCUAUGGCAGGUCAUACACAUUACCAGAAAUCAAGAUGAGCAAUCGAGCACAAAGAUUACUGGAUCAUCCAUUUUUAAUUUGUGAUGUUAUGAUGACCCAUGAACCAGUAGAGGCUGCCAACAAUUGCCAGAAAAUAUUUGAUAAAUUACAAGGUUUGGAUCAGAAAGGUUAUGCCUAUUUCUUUCCUGUAGGCAGGGAUUUGAGAAGGAUGCACAGGUGUGCUGCUAAACUUUUGGCACAUCCUCUGCAGAGGCCCAUACAGAAAUUAAUUAAGAAUUAGAUUUGAGGUUAUUUUAACUUUUAUGUUUUUUAAAAUAUAUUAAAAUGUGAUAUUUCA